GCCUACGGUUGCCAGCCAGGCUGCUGCCCAUCCGCGUGACUUGACAUUCCAGCUCGAGUGCGCACUUCCACAAUCUCCAUAGCUGUCUCCACAACCUGCUGCCGGAAAAGCGCCACGUGGUCGGUCAUCACGUUGAGAUUAUUAGAUCGAACGAGUAGAGGAGGACGGAUCAACAACAGGAGGGGUGCUACGAGGGACAAGAGUGGGAGAGCGACGAAGGGAAGGCGGGGGGAGAAGAGAGAUGGCCGGACCCGGAGUGAUUGCUCUUUUCGACGUGGACGGUACUUUGACACCGGCGCGUAAGGAGGCCGACGAUGACAUGCUGUCAUUUCUCCAAGAGUUGAGAAAGGUUGUGAAAGUUGGUAUUGUUGGAGGGUCGGACCUAGUGAAGAUCAGUGAGCAGUUAGGAAAGAACACGACCACUGACUAUGAUUACGUCUUCGCUGAGAACGGCUUGGUGGCUUUUAAGGAUGGGAAGCAGAUUGGCAGUCAGAGUUUGAAAACUCACAUUGGUGAUGACCAACUGAAGGAACUUAUUAAUUUUGUUCUUCAUUAUAUUGCCGAUUUAGACAUUCCCAUCAAGAGAGGCACUUUCGUCGAGUUCCGUACUGGAAUGAUCAAUGUAUCGCCGAUCGGACGAAACUGUAGCCGCGAAGAGCGGAACGCUUUCGAAGAGUACGACAAGGUUCAUAAAGUGCGCGAGAAGAUGGUGAGCGUUCUCAAGGAGAAGUUCGCACCUUUGAAUCUCACCUAUUCAAUAGGUGGUCAGAUCAGCUUCGAUGUGUUUCCAAACGGAUGGGACAAAACCUACUGCCUGCAGUUCCUGGACAAAGAAUUCCCCGAAAUCCAUUUCUUCGGCGACAAAACGUACAAAGGAGGAAACGACUACGAGAUCUUUUCGUCUCCAAGAACAGUCGGGCAUUCCGUAACGUGCCCUCAAGACACUAAGAAGGCCUGUACGAAGUUGUUCCUCUCGUCUUCCUAAUUUGGAACGACAUAACAGGGACUCUGCCUCUGUGUGUGUGUGUGUGUGUGUGUGUGUGUGUGUGUGUGUGUGUGUGUGUGUGUGUGUGUGUGUGUGUGUGAGAGAGAGAGAGAGAGAGA